UAUACAGCCCAUAAAUUGAACUCGCGUUAAUCUAACCACAGUGUAUUAUCUGUGUACACGGCUGGACCUGCUGUUUGUUUUACAACAUCACGAUGUACAUCAUUGUUUCUGAGAUACCUUGACUCUCCCUAUGGCUCAUUGAACUGAUCAAAGCAUUGAUUUACACAAGAAAUUAAACGGGCUGUGAUUUUGGAUCAAUUAAUUUAUUCGAAGAAAUGUGAAGUUGAUCUCGAGAUGACGUCAGAGAAGCGGGUGGCAGUGAUUGGUGCAGGAGCCAGCGGUUUGACCGCCAUCAAGUGUUGUCUGGACGAAGGGAUCACCCCUGUCUGUUUUGAGAAAACUGACCACAUUGGUGGGCUGUGGCACUACACCGAUGACCCCCAGGAUGGACAGGCCUGUGUGAUGAAGUCCACGGUCAUCAAUACCAGUAAAGAGAUGAUGUGUUACAGCGACUUCCCCAUCCCCAGGGAAUUCCCCGUCUUUAUGCACAACAAAUACGUUCUCAGAUACUUCAAUCUGUACGCUGAAAAUUUUAAUCUUACACAACACAUCAAUUUCCAAACAGAGGUAGUCAGUAUCAAACAAAAUAAAAAUUUCAAAGACAAUGGGUGUUGGGAUGUCAAAACACGUGAUCUGAAGACCGGUAACACCCAAGAAGAGACUUAUGACGGAGUACUGGUGUGUACGGGUCACCAUGCAGACAAAAACGUCCCCAAAUUCCCCGGACUUGAUAGGUUCAAAGGAGAAAUAGUUCAUUCACAUGAUUACAAAACCCUCACGGGGUACGAGGACAAACGGAUAGUAGUCAUCGGUAUAGGAAAUUCGGGCGGAGACGCGGCGGUAGAACUCAGUCGUGUCGCUAAUCAGGUGUUCCUUAGCACGCGGAAAGGGUCAUGGAUCGUGAAUAGGAUCGAUAGCUACGGACAACCGGUAGACAUGGUCCGGACAACACAAUUCAUGUUCUGGUUGAAAAAAAAUAUUGUACCGGAGGCUGUUAUCACUAAGAUUAUCGAGGCAAAGUUGAACCAGAGAUUCGAUCACGCAACCUACAGUCUUAAACCCGACUUCCCACCACUGGCGGCCCACCCCACCGUCAACGAUGACCUCCCAAACAGGAUCAUCAGUGGCAACGUGAUCAUCAAACCCGACGUCAAACGCUUCACUGAAUCAGCUGUGGAGUUUGAUGACGGGACGGCAGAGGACGAUAUUGACGUUGUUUUCCUGGCGACGGGGUACAUCUUCGGGUUUCCGUUCUUGGAUAAGUCUGUGUUGGAGGUGAAGGAGAACCGGGUACACUUGUACAAGUGGAUGUUUCCGCCGGAUUUAGAACACGAUACUCUGGCGGUCAUUGGGUGUAUACAGCCGCUAGGCGCCAUAAUGCCGAUCUCUGAGCAACAGUGCCGGCUGUAUGCCCGGGUCUUAAAGGGAAAAGUAAAAUUACCACCCCCAGACGUAAAAUGGCAAGACAUCAAAGAGAAAGUAACGGACAUGGCGAAGCAUUACGUCAAAAGUCAACGUCACACAAUUCAAGUCAACUACGUCGAUUUCAUGAACGAGUUAGCGAUCCUGAACGGAAACUGUCCCAAUCUUGUCCGCCUGUUCUUCAAAGACCCCCGGCUAGCCAUGAACUGUUUCUUUGGACCGUGUACUCCGUACCAGUAUCGAUUGCAGGGCCCCGGGCGAUGGCGCGGAGCCAGGCAGUGUAUUCUGACCCAGUGGGAGCGGACACUUUACCCCCUGAAGACUCGACCCGUUAAAAACCCACCCAGGGAAUCCCAAGCGCUGUUCUUCCUUUUCUUUCUGAUUAUUGUUGGAGUGUUCACCAUUACAGUACAUUUUCUUUUCAUGAGGUGAUUCCGAAAGGAAAUCUGAAUGGAAUAUAUUGUUACUGGUGCUCAAUGUGUUUGUACAUUAGUAAUGGUUAUCUUCAAGAUCAAAACUGAUAUUCAUACUUGGUAUAAUUCUAUUUAAUGUUUUUGUGUUCUAUAGACUGGACGUUUUUUUUUUUGUAGAUUUGUAGAAAACAUAUAUAUUCGUUACAAUUAGCUUUGUUAUCCUCACUCAAUUUCAUGCUCUGGUAAACAAAAAUUAAGAAAUAACAUGUAUACAUAGUG